AUGUCGUCGUCACCGGCGAGAGCCGGCGGCGCACUGGAGGAUCAGGCGGAGGCCAACGUGGAGGAGACUGGGAGAGGCACGUGGCGGCACGCGGCCUUCCACGUGGCGACGACGAUCGCCACGCCGGCGGCCUACGCCCCCUUGCCCUUUGCUGUUGCCUCCCUUGGCUGGCCUCUUGGUGUCUGCAGCUUGGUUAUUGGGACACUGGUUACAUGGUGCUCGAGCUUGGUCGUGGCCUCGCUGUGGCGGUGGAAUGGGGAGAAACACACCAACUACCGGCUCCUGGCAGAGAGCAUCUUUGGUCCUUGGGGCUACUGGUACGUCUCGUUCUUCCAGCAGGUGGCAUCGGUAGGCAACAACAUUGCAAUCCAGAUCGCAGCCGGCAGCAGCCUCAAGGCCGUGUACAAGCACUACCACACCGCUGAUGACGGCGCAAUGACCCUGCAGCAGUUCAUCCUUGUCUUCGGUGCACUGGAGCUGCUCCUUUCCCAGCUCCCUGACAUCCAUUCGCUCCGAUGGGUCAAUGCUAUCUGCACUGCCAGCACCGUUGGAUUUGCGGGGACAACCAUUGGUGUCACAAUAUAUGACGGAUAUCGGAUCGAAAGAAAGGGGAUCAGUUACAGUCUACAAGGAAGCACCGCAACUAAGAUCUUCAGAGCUUUCAACGCAUUGGGCACGAUAGCGUUCUCCUUCGGCGACGCCAUGCUGCCAGAAAUUCAGAGCACUGUGCGGGAGCCGGUGAGGGCAAACAUGUACAGAGGCAUCUCUUCAGCGUACACGAUCAUCGUCGUGUCCUACUGGACCCUCGCAUUCAGUGGCUACUGGGCAUUUGGCUCUCAGGUCCAGCCCUACAUCCUGUCCUCCCUGACAGCUCCAAGAUGGGCAACUGUAAUGGCAAACCUGUUUGCAGUCAUUCAGAUAGCAGGUUGCUUCCAGAUAUACUGCAGGCCGACGUUUGCGCACUUCGAGGAGAGGAUUCAGGCGAAGAAGAAGAGGAGCUGCAGAUCCUGCCUGUGCCGGCUGACAUACACGUCUGCAUACAUGGCCGUGAUCACGCUCGUCUCCGCAGCAAUGCCAUUCUUUGGGGACUUUGUAUCAGUCUGCGGAGCAAUUGGGUUCACCCCUUUGGACUUCGUGCUGCCUGCAUUGGCACUUCUCAAGACCAGGACGAUGCCUGAUAACCCAGGAUUGCAGUGUGCUGUGAAGAUGCUCGGCGCUGCUGUCGCAAUCUUGUUCUCGAUCAUAGGUGCCCUGGCAUGCAUUGGCGCAAUCAGAUCGAUCGCGCUCGAUGUCAAAACCUAUAAGUUCUUCCAUGAUAUGUGA